AUGGGCACCGUCAGCAUGGCGACCGCGCCGAACCCAGACAAUCCGGAUGAACGCUUGGCCGGCAGCCAGUUCAUCGUCACACUGGGACCAAAUAUAGACUUCUUGGACGGCAAGGCCGCGAUAUUCGGCACGGUCGUCGAGGGCUUUGACACGCUCGAGAAGAUCAACACGGCAUAUAUCGACGACAAAGGUCAACCACUGAAAGACAUCCGCAUCUUGCACACAGUUGUCCUGGAUGACCCAUACGCCGAUCCCGCUGGCCUCGUGGAGCCUCCCGAAAGCCCUGUACCUUCUGCCGCGCAGCUCGCCACCGUACGUGUCGCCUACGACGAGAACAUUGAAGCCGAAAACGAUCCAGAGGCGCUGGAACGGGUACGCAGGGAACGUGAGGCGCGAGCACAAGCACUCACGCUUGAAAUGGUUGGCGACUUGCCUUUUGCCGAGGUCGCACCACCUGAGAACGUGCUGUUUGUGUGCAAACUCAAUCCGGUCACGCAGGACGAAGAUUUGGAACUUAUCUUCUCUCGCUUCGGCAAGAUCUUGAGCUGUGAGGUCAUCAGAGACAAGAAGACUGGCGACAGCUUGCAGUAUGCGUUUAUCGAGUACACAAACCAGAAGGACUGCGAACAGGCCUACUUCAAGAUGGAUGGCGUCUUGAUUGACGAUCACCGUAUACACGUCGAUUUCUCACAGAGUGUCUCGAGGAUCGCUGACGACUGGCGGGACGUGACGAACAUGAAGCGACGACGAGCAGCAGGUGGAUUUGGAGGUAUCGACAAUCUCGAGAAGAAGAGGCAAUACCGUGGAGACGCUGGGCGGCAGAUUGUUUCGGACUCGGUAGUCGACAGACUCGUUGCUGAUCGCGACGAGACGAUACCCGCCGACGGGAACGAAAAAACGAAUACCACGACGACCGCUUCAAACGCAAUCGAAGUCGAAGCCCGAGGCGAGACGGACGAUAUAAGCCUAGGCGUCGCGAACGAACUCGAAGUCCACGGCGCGAUCGGAGUCGGGACCGACACAUGA